UCAAUGUGGGUUAGUGUGUCCCUCCUGCACGCGCACGGCACAGUUCAGUGAGUCUACAGAAACACACACACAUAGCUUACAGAGAUGGAUCUCGAACAAAUGGGUCCCCAAACCUUCCUGUACGGUUGCGAGCUCAAGGCAGGCAAGGAAGUCACUUUUAAUCCAGAGGAUGAUGAUGAUUAUGAUCAUCAGUUAUCAGUCCGAAUGGCCUGCGUUGAUCCCACAACAAAAGACGAGCUGAACAUUGUGGAGAUCGAAGGACAGGAUUCAGAGGGUCAGAAGGUCAAGGCAGUUCUGGCCACGCUCAGGCCUUCCACUCUCCCCAGCGUGUGUUUGGGUGGGUUUGAGAUCACUCCACCUGUUGUGUUCCGCCUACGCUCUGGUUCCGGUCCAGUUCACAUUAGUGGACAGCAUCUCGUCAUCAUGGGAGGAGACCAGUCCUUUGAUGAAGAAGAGGAGGAGGAGGAAGAAGAGGAGACACUGACAACAGCUAAGAAGAGGCCAGCAUCGGUGACUCAAAAUCCUUCAAAAAAAAUGAAGUUAGAUGAAGAGGAGGAGGACGAAGAUGAGGAUGAAGAUGAUGAUGAGGACGAUGAUGAUGAGGAGGAGGAGGAAACUGAAGAAGAGUCUCCUGUAAAGGAAAAGAAGGCACCAUCCAAACCACAGACCCCUGCACAGAACGGAAAAGGACCCAAGUCCAAUACGCCUGCUAAACAACAGAACAAGACUCCCGAAAAGAACAAAAAGGAUGUCAAGAAAGCACAGUCACCCAAAACGCCACAGACCCCACAGGUCCUCACUGUCCCCGAGAUCAAAGCCAAAAUUAUGGCAAGUGUAGAAAAGGGUGUAGCAUUGCCAAAAUUACAGCCAAAGUUUGAGAACUUCGUAAAACACGGCUUAAAAGUCACGGACGCAAAGGUAAUCGAGGAGCUCUGGAAGUGGAGACAGAGUGUAAAAUAAGAGCUAAACCAUCUUUUGUUUUGCUUAAAUUAUUAGGCGCUCCCCCAAUUUUUUCUUUUUUUUUUUCUUUUUUUGACCAUGAUUUUACUUUUUCUUGUUACCUGCAAUUUUAAGUUCGUCCCCAUACUCUUCUGUUUCUAUGUCAAAUCCGUGCCAUUCCCUGAGAAGACUUUAAUCAGAACAUGACCUUUUUCAUCCUUUGCAAUCUGGCUUCUCCUCACCCUCUCGUGUUGUCAUGUCCCUGGAGUGUGGCCUUAAUUUGGCAGCCUUGUUGUUUAAAUGAGAGUCUGAGCAGAUUUCAGCCCUCUAAUUUAUAUAAAGAUUUGAUGACUACCCGUCCAUGGUUUCUUUAAAAUCACAUGGAAAUGUGUUUAUGGCGUUCUGAUUAUAGAUGCACCUGCCAAGUCAAUCUACUGAAAUCUUGAACAACUUGACCUGAUUUGCAAUGCAUGAUUAAUGGGUUUCAGAAUGGUAUCGGUGAUGAAUUCCAGUAUUUCAGCAGUAUGUUAUUUUUUGUAAUUGUCUGUAUCCUGUAACUUUUGCUAGAAGGUGGGCUGUACUUUAUGUUUGGGAUUGAUUAGUCAACUGUAAUUAAUCCAAUGUCAAGAAUGUAUAAUGUCAGUCUGUGCAGCUAAAUCUCAGAGCUCAUAAUCUGUGGACUGCAAUUCAAAUGUGGUUCACUUUUUUGACUUUAUUGAAUCUGUUUAAAUGCAAAUAAAGUUUAUAUUUCACAAGUGUUAACCCA